AUAAAAAAAAUAAAAAUGGAAAAGUUGGACCCGGUUGAAGCAACCCUAAGGCCUUGGGCUUGGUCCGGUUGGUAUAUAGAAGGCCCGUGUCUGAUAAGGAGAGAAGGCAAUGGCGCGAGUAUGUGCGUCUCUUACAUUCCCGCCCGCGCUCCGUUUCAAGAUUCAGUGCCACUCUCACUCGUCCUUCGUUAUCUUCCGAGUAAACUCCCUCUACUCUCAAAUUUACGGUUACCGGGGAAAGGAACAAUCGGUUACUGGCAGUGUUAGGGCUUUUGAAUCCUCUUCUGCUAAACCCAUGAGUUGGUGUGAUGGCGUUCUGGAACCACGGGUUCUCGUCGCACCCGAUCCUGGUACUGAUCGAAAUGGUCUGGGACAGAUGAUAUUGCUCCGCCAUCCCAAAUCUGGUAAUGCAACACAAUAUCUGUUUGUAAAUGGAAUACUUCUAGAACUUCAGUGGUUUAAGAACUUGUAUGGAUCUUGGUUUUUGGGAGAUUAUAUAACUGAAGAUGGUCGGCUGUAUUUAUCCACACCAAUUGAUCCCGUUUUCAUCAUGUUGCCUAUAUUCAAGGAAGCUAGAAUGAAGAAAGGGGAUGAUCUUGGGAGGUUCAGGCAAUUGGAUGAGAUCUUGUUUGUUGAUGGAUAUCCUGGAUACAUGCAGUUAAUGUCUAUUGUGGAGAACUGUAUGCAAGUAGUUUCUGAAAUCAUAGAAGUUGGAUCCUCAAAAUUCUUCAGACUUGAUGAUUCAAAGGUUCUACGUUGGCUGUGCUAUAAGGUUUGUCAGCUAAAACAGACACUACCCAAAUUGGACAAAAACUAUGCUGUUCAAUCAGAGAAAGACACAUUGAUUGAUGCAGUCUCUAUAUUAGGAGAGUAUUUGAAGGAAGAGCCUUGGUUGCAGCUUUUGUGUAACCAUCUUAAGUUAAAUAUACUUGAGGUUACUGGAAAAGCACAAGCAAAUGCUGAAGGAAAUAAUAACUCACGUUUAUGUAAUGAAUUACAGGAACAGAGUAAUGAUAAGAAGGGUACAACUGCAAAGAAAGGUAGACAAGCAAAGAAGGUAAAAUUGGAGACAGAAUCACACAACAUCAAAGACAUGUUUUCGAGGGCCUCCCGAAAGAAAAGUUAAUAAAUUAUCCCAUUCUCAUCGGUGGAAAUGGGUCAUUGUCAUAUUGUAUCAUUUUCUAGACCUGCAAGUAGUGGAUAAGCAUUGAGUCAUCUCCUGGUUUGUUCCGUCCGUUUUAUGCUAUUUUUUUUCUCUCUCUCGAGGUUUUAUUAUUAUUUAUCGGCAAAUUCAAUUUCACCUGCAGUAUAUAUCAUCUAAUUUAA